GAAAUACCUCCACCAGGACCUCCAGCGUCUAGUUGGCUUUUGGAUAUUUGACAACCUUUUAUCAUCUUGGAAACUUUGAAUCGAUCUCUUUCUGUUUUUCUUUUCCUGCUGGAUUUUUCUUUUUUUGGUUAUGUGCGGAUUGAUGAUGGAAAAUUAAAAUGAAUUUGUGGAAGCAUGAUGUGGGAUGGAUAAACAACAACAAAACACGACUAUGGCCUCUAAUGACCCCGACCUUCCUGACCCCUCUGGUGACCCUCAGCCUGGUGACCUCAUUGAGAUCUUUAGACCGGCCUAUCAGCACUGGGCUCUCUACCUGGGAGAUGGUUACAUCAUCAACUUAACUCCUGUUGAUGAGAACCAGGCAGCCGCCAUGUCCAGUGUGAAGUCCGUCUUUAGCAGGAAGGCAGUGGUGCGCAUGCAGCUGCUGAAGGAGGUGGUGGGCAGCGACUCGUACCGUGUCAACAACAAGUACGACCACAACCACACACCCCUGCCCGUCUCUGAAAUCAUUCAGCGAGCGCAAGUCCUCAUUGGCCAGGAGGUGUCCUAUGACCUGCUGGGGAGCAACUGCGAGCACUUUGUUACCCUUCUGCGCUACGGGGAAGGGGUAUCCGAGCAGGCUACACGGGCUAUCGGGGCCAUCAGUUUGGUGACGGCGGCAGCCAGUGCCUUCUCUGUCCUGGGACUGAUCAACACGAGAUCCAGAAACAGGCCUUUCUGA